AUCGCAGGCUGGGAGUUGAUAUCGCUUAUAAUCCGGGUGUACUACCCAGUAUUUUGGGCCAGUUUCGCAUACGCCAUGGAAUGUUUCGGUGUUUCUUGCAUGCCACUACGAAUUGCAUGCAGUACAGUCGUACACAACUGUUAAGUGGAGGUGCUUCAUUUUCGCUGGAAUACUGAACACUGUCCAACGAUGACUAGAAAACUACUCCUCAGCUCAUCAUCACAACCACGGAAUCAAUUCAACUCAAACAUGGUAACAUAGUCCUUCUUUCGAACUUUAGGAAUAUUAUUUUUAAAACUUAUGCGAACAAGGAAGCUUCUAGCUUCCUUUAUUGGAGUCAUUCCCGAUAAUUGACGGUGUUUGUGUUUCGAAAAUCGUCAUCUGUUGGCCACCGUUUUCGGCUCUCUAGUAUUUGUGCGCACUGUGAUUAUUUUACCGAUCGCCCUCAUCAUGUCUAGCAAAGCGCCCGGCAGUGAUCCACAAAAGUCCAAAACCCACAGUGCUUCACAUGGCUGUUGUCAAUUAAACAGUUGUUGUGGGUGUACACCAUCAAGACAGCCAUCGACAAGACGUCGAAAGAUUCGUGAGAUUUCGGAACCGCUUCGGCCAGAUCAACUCAACCAGAUUUUAGCUCAGUACGGAUUCUUGGACGAUCAGAUAUUACCCUCAGCCUGGGUCGGUCCCUAUCCCUCGCAGAGGCCGGUUUCGAUGGGACCCACGCUUCCAUCUUUCGGUCCCGGAGCAGUUCCAACUACGGCGCAUGCACCUUCGCCAUUCGCACAUCCCCCACAGAGCGCUUUUUAUGGUCCUCCCACAUCUGUGCCUUCCGCUGCUGCCACCGCUCCUCCUCAGGUGCCUUUAGUCGUUCACAUGCCUUCUGAACCUACACCACCGGGAUCAGACCAGCCGGAGUACUUCAGACCACGGGAGGAGUUUGGGCAUUCUCCGCUGGCCUAUAGCUUGUCUGCUGAACUUGCCAGUGUCGGGAAGCAUCGAUUUCGGUUGACUUAUGUUACCGAUCGAUUGCUAGUGGUCAGCUAUCCACCGGAUGCCCAGGAGGCUGACCAUAAUGAAGGCGCCCGGUGGUUAUGUCAGGCAUUCGAACGUCGCUACGGCAACAAUUAUAGGAUUUUCAAUCUUUCCGGUUUCACCAAGGAACUUCAUCUUUCAAGUAAGGUCCCGGUGAUAGAUCUCUUCUGGCCAGUUCCCCUGGCUCCCGGUCUGGAACAACUUGUAACCGCUAUUGAUCAACUUGAUUACUGGUUGCACAACCACGAUAAUGGGGCUGGCACAGGCACCCAGCCACCUCCGACUAAUCGCGUCGCUGUCUUACAUUGUACUGGUCCUCGCAGUCUGUUGGCUACUUAUCUGGCUGUGUAUAUUUGUCAGUCCAAGGCUCGUUUUGGACCAUUGUGCGGGCAGAGGCCAGGAUCUCCAACGGCCCGUGGGUUGCGUUGGAACGAAAAUCGAUUUCGACGGUUUCGUCACGAACUGGUUCUGGGUCACAUGAUUUUGAAACGCUUUUACGAGGAUAAUUUGGCACGGGAGUUGAGUCCAUCCCAAAAGCGCUACGUCGGCUACUUCUCUGGGCUUGUCACCGGCGCCCUCAUCCUCCAAGACCGUCUGAUCUACCUCCACGCAGUGGUCUACCGUAAUCCAGGACGGGGACGCUUUUUUACAACUGCACUGGAGACCAUAGCAGAGAAUAACAACAAUGCGAUCAAUGGAAACUCAGUUUAUGCUCAUCCAGAAGAGUUUGUUUCUCAGCCUCGUCGAGUCGAAACGUUAGAGGCCGUGGUUCCCCCAGAGGAGUGGAGUCCCGAAGGAGUAGAUACAGAAAACAAUCUUAUGGAAUGGUACCGUGCAGGUGGCAUGGAAAUGCGAGCAAUCGAAGCUGGAAUGCCUAGGCCAUGUAAUGGUGGCUUCCCAACCGAUCAGGAAGAAUUGUGCCGGUUGACCAAAUCAAUCGAAACUGAAAUGCGAGCUGGACGAAGGUUUGUCGUGGAUGAGACAAACGUCCGUCUGGUCGGACCAAAAGUAGAAACAACAAUGCGAAGUUUCGUAGACGUGGAUGGAGGAUUACAGAUCAAGAUUUAUCAAAAUUUGAAGUUGAUGCAUACUACUCGUCUGUUGUGUCCUAAUGUUAAUAUUACGGUAGAAAAAUAUAUCUUUCCAAUCGAACCCAUUCUGCCUUUACACGGAGACAUAUUGAUCGCCUGCUGUCUGAGACCAGACAUCACGACGAGUAUACAAGAAAUUAUAUUCAGGUUGCAGUUCCACACGUGUGCAAUCAGCAAUGGGAGAAUGAAUUUCUAUAAACAUGAUUUGGACGAAGCUUGCAGUGGUUGCAGUUCCACACGUGUGCAAUCAGCAAUGGGAGAAUGA